GGCGGGAGGCGGGGCCGAGUGGGAGCCGGAGCUGGAGUCGGAGCCGGCGGUUGCAGCGGAGGCGGUGAUGUCGGUGCAGGUUGUGUCGGCAGCGGCUACGGCCAAGGUGCCUGAGGUGGAGCUGAGGGAUCUGAGCCCCUCCGAGGCGGAGCCCCAGCUGGGACUGAGCUCGGCGGCUGUGGGCGCCAUGGUACCCCCGGCGGGCGGCGGGGACCCAGAGGCUCCAGCUCCGGCUCCCGUAGCGGAGCGGCCCCCGGCCCCUGGCCCGGGCUCGGGGCCCACCGCGGCUCUCAGCCCUGCGGCCGGGAAGGUGCCCCAAGCGUCGGCCAUGAAGCGGAGUGACCCUCAUCACCAGCACCAGCGGCAUCGCGACGGCGGCGAGGCCCUGGUCAGCCCCGACGGCACGGUCACCGAGGCGCCGCGCACGGUCAAGAAGCAGAUCCAGUUUGCUGACCAGAAGCAGGAAUUCAACAAGCGUCCUACCAAAAUUGGGCGUCGAUCUCUGUCUCGUUCCAUCUCUCAGUCAUCUACUGACAGCUACAGCUCAGCUGCUUCAUAUACAGAUAGCUCUGAUGAUGAGACAUCCCCUCGGGACAAGCAGCAAAAGAACUCUAAGGGAAGUAGUGACUUCUGUGUCAAGAACAUCAAACAGGCGGAGUUUGGACGCAGAGAAAUUGAAAUUGCUGAACAAGAGAUGCCUGCCCUGAUGGCCUUACGGAAGAGAGCCCAAGGAGAAAAGCCUUUGGCUGGAGCCAAAAUUGUGGGUUGUACGCACAUCACUGCUCAGACCGCUGUGCUUAUGGAGACUCUGGGUGCUCUGGGGGCACAGUGCCGGUGGGCCGCCUGCAACAUCUACUCCACGCUCAAUGAAGUGGCCGCCGCUCUAGCAGAAAGUGGAUUUCCUGUCUUUGCCUGGAAAGGAGAGUCAGAAGACGACUUUUGGUGGUGCAUUGACAGAUGUGUGAAUGUGGAGGGCUGGCAGCCAAACAUGAUACUGGAUGAUGGAGGAGAUCUUACUCACUGGAUUUAUAAAAAGUAUCCCAACAUGUUUAAGAAAAUCAAAGGCAUAGUCGAGGAGAGUGUUACUGGAGUCCAUAGGCUGUACCAACUGUCCAAAGCUGGGAAGCUGUGUGUUCCAGCCAUGAACGUCAAUGACUCGGUCACUAAACAGAAAUUUGAUAACCUCUACUGUUGCCGUGAAUCUAUUCUUGAUGGACUUAAAAGGACAACAGAUAUGAUGUUUGGUGGGAAGCAAGUGGUAGUCUGUGGCUAUGGAGAGGUGGGAAAGGGGUGCUGUGCUGCUCUGAAAGCCAUGGGUUCCAUUGUGUAUGUGACUGAGAUCGACCCCAUCUGUGCCCUGCAAGCCUGUAUGGAUGGAUUCCGACUAGUGAAACUGAAUGAAGUCAUCCGACAAGUGGACAUUGUUAUCACCUGUACAGGUAACAAGAAUGUGGUAACCAGAGAGCACUUGGACCGUAUGAAGAACAGCUGCAUUGUUUGUAACAUGGGACAUUCCAACACUGAGAUUGAUGUGGCCAGCCUGCGGACACCAGAACUGACCUGGGAGAGAGUAAGAUCCCAAGUUGACCACGUGAUAUGGCCUGAUGGCAAGAGGAUAGUGCUGCUGGCAGAGGGCCGGCUGCUGAACCUGAGCUGCUCCACAGUGCCUACAUUUGUGCUCUCCAUCACUGCGACCACUCAGGCUCUCGCCUUGAUAGAACUUUACAAUGCUCCUGAGGGUCGCUAUAAGCAAGAUGUGUACCUGUUGCCCAAGAAAAUGGAUGAGUACGUGGCAAGCCUCCACCUGCCCACCUUUGAUGCCCACCUGACAGAGCUGACAGAUGAGCAGGCCAAGUAUCUGGGACUCAACAAGAAUGGGCCCUUCAAACCUAAUUACUACAGGUAUUAAGCUCCUGUAAUGCAAGCCGGAAGACAUUUAAGGAAUAGAACCAAGCCUUUAUCCAGGAAGAACCCAGCAAGCCGCUUCUCCAGUCAGAGCUGCCCGCCGUGCUCAUCCUAUGUGUUAGGUUAUUUAUUUAUUAAAAUCUAGAAGCCUGUGCCUGUAGCCUUGGCCCAGAGUGUGGUUACUACUCCUGGGGCCUGAGAGCCGCAGAGAACAGGCUGAGGAAGGAAAGAAAUGGGCGACCAUUCCUAGUGAUCAUUUGCAUCAUUGCCCAUUGAUGGACUCCUCAGUUUUUCUUCCCAGGCUCAGGAGUUAGUUCAGGGAUGCCAGACUCCUUGUUACUUAGGGUUUUCUGGAAUAAAUUUUCAGCAGCUGCCUUUCUCCAAGCUUUGGUCCUUUCCCAGACGAGGCCUUUUGGAAGCCACUGCAUUAAGAGGGCCUGAAUUCUCAGUCUUGAUAGUUGCUAUCACUGCCUUCUUUAUAAAAAGGCUAGUGAAGUAGGAGUGGUAAGGUCUUGUAAGCUACACCAAGAACUCAGCUGUGCCUGUGCCUGUGCCUACUGGGAUCUCUUUUCUUACCCAGAACUCCUUUCUGUUCCUUGAAUAUUAUAUCCAUUUUAAUGCUUCCUGGUUCUAAAAGGGUGUGCCUCCAUGAUCUUAAUACCUCUGCUGCUGGCCAGGCAUUUGUUUUGCUUUCUAACCCCACCAGACCCUGCUCAGGAAGUAGGGGACCAGCUCCACUGGGACCCAUAGUUUUACUUCCUUGUCACUUAACUGGACCGUUUCCCGGGAAGCCCCCUCUCCACUGGCACUGUCUCAGAAAAGGAGGGCGUCAUGUGGAGAGUGCUUCCUGAAACUUCUGUUACUGCCUGAAACGACUUCUGGAACUGAGUUGGCAAAGAUGUUUGCUAGAGAUUUGGAAGCUUGAGCCUUUGGAAUGGGAUCCAGCUUGACGUCCUAAAGAAGCCAGUCUGUUUGUUUUCCAGGAAAGACUUUAGAGCCUGGCUGCAGAAGACGGGUGACUGUCAUCUGUAUCCAGAGGAUGAAAACCAGUUUGAGGGCUGGGGAAUAGCUCAGUGGUAAAGCACAUGGCUGGUGUGUACAGGCCCUAGGCUCAGUCACUGGGCUCUAGGGAAGGGGUGGGGAACUGGUUUGAACCUCAUCAGACAGUCAUCCCUUUGGCUGUUGCCAUUGGUGAAAGUGAGGUCUGUAAUUUGAUAUCUCAUCUUUCUUUGCUGCUGCUGUAUCUUUAAAUCUGGCCCCUUCUGUUUAAGGAUUCUGUUGCAGAGAGUUUCUUAAGUAACUCCAGCAUUAGCAUAGCUGGUAAAUGGUGUGAAAUUUCUCAGUCCACUCAAGCUUUAGAUUUCCUUUGGAGACGGACUGACUGAUUUCAGGGUUUCCAUUGGGAUCAGUUGGUUUCAAAAAUUAAAACCUGGAGUGACCCUAGGAAUCUUGAGUUAAAUGAGUUCCUCUCCUGGCCCAUCCUAUUUAAAAGUCUCGUGUUUGUUUCCCAUGUAUUUCUUAUAUUGUUCUGCUUCAGAGUUUCAAGACCAAGGUCAUUCAGACAGAAGACACACAGAAUCACUAAAACCUUUAUCUAGAUCUUCUCCCCUGCUUCUACCAUCUCCAUCAUCCCUUGGUCUUUGUGUGUGCCCUGGAAGCUAGUCUGGAAGUGUCCUUAUUUUUGAAGAUAGGGAAACAGAACUGGUGUAGGUGGCUGUUGGCCUUUUUAGAUGGUAUACAGGCUCAGCCCAGAAGAUGGAUUCUUCACAGGGUAUCAUCUGUCUCUACUCUUUUAUAAGGAAGACCGUAGAGACUGAAGAUUCCACGAAAAUACUCAAUUCUGUUUGCCUCAUUCUGAUUUUUGUAUUAAUAGCUACUCUUCCACCUUUAUUUUGUUUUUGUUGUUGGGUUUUGUUGUUGUUCUGAAAUAGUCUCACUCUAUAACCUUGACUGGUCUCAAACUCAUGGCACUCCUCCUGCCUCCGCCUCUUGAGGCAUGUGCUACCAUGCCUGGCUGGCUCUUCAUUGGCUCUCUUCAGCAAAACAUUCAGCUAUCUGCCUCAUCUUAUGUCCCGGGCAGAUUCUGUUAGGCAGGUAUCUGGGCCCCAAAUCAUAACCUGCUGAUUCCCAGCAAAGCCUUGCUCUACAGAGCUUCCUAUAGCUGGUACUUAAAGAGUACACGAUGUCAAAACCAGUGAAGGGAUCCAUUGGAAAUAGAAAGGGAGCCACAUGGGUUUCUAAGUUAGGUUGCACUGUGUCUGCCCAUGGUCAGGUAUUUGACUACAAGUUGUAGAUGGCAUCUGUUCUCUUCUCUUCGGAGAUUGCUGCGUGUGUCAUCAGUCAUUAGAAAGCAACCGGAAGUAGGGAUGUAAGUCAGUGAUAGGACACUUGAUUAGCAUGUGCCCGGCCCUGGGUUGAGUCCCCAGUUCAGGGGGCUUAUGGGGAAUGUGGAAGGAAGAGAGAAGGUAGUUCAGGACUCCUGUCUAGGUUCUGUCCUGUUAGAGGCAAAUCUCUUCUUACUCCAUCUCCUCCUCUUAGAUGCAUCCUAGCUACUAGGAGGCAAGGAAAAGAACACUGACUGUCCCUAGGUAUGUGGCCUGGCGGUGGGGAUACAUACCAUUUAUCUACAAUGAAAUGUGUGCUACUUCAUGGUCUUCUUGCUUUCUCGGUGGAAAUAUUUUUUCCCUUUUUCUUGUUAAACAAAAUGCCUCCAGUUGGCCUCCAGUUGGCCUCCCCUCUGCCCCCUCCCUUCUCACACUCCCCUCCCAUGAGAGCACGGCUCCCCGUGGCCACACACUCCUGCAAAGCUUUUCUGCUGCUUGGCUUUUCUCUGAACAGAUCUGAAAUUGCUGCUCCUGUGGUUUCCUCAGAAUUCACUGUCACGGUUUAAAAAAUCAGAAUGCACUGUUGCAUUAAGCUUUUUUAAUAAGAGAAAAUUAUGGAAAGAAAAUAGGUAACACCAGCAAAUUAUAUAUUGACAAGUCUAAACUAUAUAUAUAUAUAUAUAUACAUAUCUAUAUAAAUAAUCAUCUAGUUCUUGCUGUCAUCUUACUGAAAGGAACGAGACCUCUAAGGAUCACUAGUUCUGAGAAGCUCUUGGAAAUCUUUAUGUCUAAGUGAUUGUAUUAGAUCAGCAAUAAUGACUAUGUAAUCUCAAAAAAUAAAUAAAAUAUUCUUAAAACUGG